AAAUCAAAUUUGUCCCGCCAAAAUGAAAGAGUACCAAACGCCAUUAAAAGAACUCUCGCGAUCAUCAUCCUCUUCCGCUCGCAAAUUCAAAGAGUCUCAAUUGAAGAAGCCACAAAAGAUCGCAAAGAAAAGCUUGAACGGUGUGUUUUCUUCGGCCGCCGAAGUUGUUUCGCCGGAAAUCAACAACGAAUUGAGUGAUUUAUCUCUAGUUUCAGACAUCUCUGAUCCUUAUCACUGUGGCCAAACAGCACAAAUCUCCGUGUCGCCUUUAAAUCCGGCUCCUUGGGCUACGACAGACACAUUAUCUGUCUCUGAUCUUACUCCAACUUCAGAAAUCAGCACCAUCACAGACGGACCAGGUUCCGUCGAGAAAUAUGGACUCGGCAAACUAUGCGGUUCAAAGAUCGGUCCAGUGGAGGGGUUGGAGGCAGAUGUUGCGGUGAAGCUUCUAAAAGAAGCGAGAGUUGAGGUUUCGAAUUCUGAUGUGCGGUCAAAGAAGGUUCUAGAUGCAUUGACGAAGGCUGUUAUGGAUGAGUAUUAUACACUGCCUGAAGAGAAAGACUGGAUGACUGACCUUGUUUCCAUGAAAUGGCGCAUUGUGUGCUUGUGUUUCUUGAUCUGGAGCUUUGUGGUGUCCACGAUAUUGUUCUUGUUUGGUUCGGGAUUGGGUGGCUCUGCUGGCGGACCAUUGCCCACUUGAAUGAUUGCAUGGAAAGGGUAUGAUUCGUGUUUUGUUUCUUUUUUCCAGGUUUAGUUCUGUUCAUAUACGAUAUGCCAUUGCAUUCUUUGGAUUGGCUUUCUAGUUGUUCUAGAGUGGGACUAAGUUGGAAAUUGGAACUCUGUAGUGUAUAGUUUUGCUGUGAAUGGCGUUGUCUGUGUGAGUGUUUUUUGGUUCAGAUCUAUGGCACAAGUUCUUUCUUUGACGCCGAAA